AUGAGCCAUUAAGGAGUAUAGCCUAAGAAAUACUAAAAUAAUGAGCACCUUAUUGCAUAAUUGAUAAAAUAAUUGAUUUUAUUUGGAAAUUUUCUUAAAAAAAAGCAUUUAAGACUCCUGAGAAAAUCACAAGCAUCACAAAAUUAGAGUAGGCGAGGUUUAUUAAAUAUAAAGAUAUUGUAGACCUUUCUCCUAAAAUAUCUAACCCAAAGAAAAAUACUAAAUCAAGGAGAAGUAAGGGGUAAACUCUGCCAAAAAGUUUUGUAGCAACAAUACCAUUAAAAGAAAAUUUCAGCUCUGAAAAAAAAUAGUAAAUAAAUCCAACUUGUAAGAUAUCCAUAACAAAAAAUAUCAAAUUAGAAAUACUGA